AUGGGAAGAUAUAGUGUUAAAAGAUAUAAAACCAAAAGAAGAACCAGAGAUCUUGAUCUUAUAUAUAAUGAUUUAUCUAGUCCCGAAUCAAUAAAUAAAUUAAAGAAUCAACCAUUAGAUGAAUUAAAACCUGGAUUAGGUCAAUAUUAUUGUAUACAAUGUGCCAAAUAUUUUGAAAAUCAAAUAAGUUUGGAUCGUCAUACUAAAUCAAAAAUACAUAAACGAAGAGUUAAAUCAUUGAAUGAAAGACCAUAUACUCCAUUAGAAGCAGAAGCUGCUGCUGGAGUAAAUAUGGAAAAAUUUAUUGCUAGUGUGGAAAAAUAUAAACAAUUGGAAAAUGAUAAACAAGAAAAUAAACAUCAGUAUGAUAAAUUAAUAAAUCAAAAGAAAGAUAAUUUAGAUGCUAUAAUAACUGGUAUACCUUCUGAAGAAUUUCAACAACAACAGCAACAACAACAGCAAGAAGAACUACAAGAUGCUAAUCAAGGGACGGCUAUUAAUGAUCAAGAAGAGGUUAUGAUGAUUGAUUAG